AUGUUGGCCGAUUUCUUACCACCUUCGGUAGUACUUCCAAUCCCAACUACAACUCGAACCCAUUUUUCGGAAAUUCCCACGUCCAUUGAAAAAUCUCAGGAUGACCCUGAAGACAUUAUCAUAUUGGGUGUAGAUGAAGCAGGAAGAGGACCCGUUCUUGGACCAAUGGUGUAUGGAACAGCUUAUAUAAGAAAGAAAGAUGCACAUCUAUUGAAAGAGUUUGGAUUUGACGACUCCAAAAAACUCACAGAACAGAAGAGAGGCCAGUUAAUGCAGGGAAUCUGUGGAGUUGAGGAAUCACUUUUCAAUUGUUUAGGUUGGGCCACCACCAGUAUCACAGCGCGUGAUAUAAGUGCUGGAAUGCUUCGGCCAAGGCAAUCCACCUAUAAUUUGAACAUUCAGGCACAUGAUGUCACGAUGGAAUUGAUAGACAGCAUAUUAAGGAGAGGAGUGAAAGUGCAAGAGAUCUACAUUGAUACGGUAGGACCUCCUAUCACAUACCAAAAGAAAUUGCAGAAUAGAUUUCCCAAUUUGAAGGUCACUGUGACGAAGAAAGCCGAUUCUUUGUUUCCCAUAGUUUCAGCUGCCUCUAUCGUGGCCAAAGUGACUAGGGAUUACAGUCUUCUCCAUUCUGCUAAGCAACGAGAACUGGAAGGUAGUUGGGGGUCAGGAUAUCCUUCUGAUCCACGAACCACUAAAUGGCUCAAUUCCGAGGUGGAUCCAUUGUUUGGAUGGGACCAGAAUGUGAGAUAUUCGUGGCAGACCUCUAAGGAUGCCAUGAAAAGAAGUGGAGGACUGGUGAUGACAUGGGAGGAUGACUUAGAGGAGAAGGAGAAUUAUGGAGACGUAUCUCAAAUGUUUGGAGCGAAGAAGACAGCAUAUAAGUGCGAUUGGUUUGUUUGCAAGAGCGAAUAA